CACACACACACACACACACACACACACACAGAGCAGAUAAAGGACCAGCAACAGGAAACGGGCACAGAGCGCUCAGGGCUGACUUCCCUUCCUGUGUUCCUUCCUCUCUGCCCUCUCCAACAAAAGGAAGCAAUGGGGACAGAGGGUGCUUCCUCAGAAAUCAUAGAAAGACAACGAGCAAAGUUACUUAAUUUCCUCCAACAAGAUCCCGAUUCUGUCUUGGACACGCUAACCUCUCGGAGACUGAUUUCGGAGGAGGAGUAUGAGACCCUGGAGGAAAUAACCGAUCCCCUGAAGAAAAGUCGGAAGCUGCUGAUUCUGGUGCAGAAGAAAGGAGAGGUUAGCUGCUGCUGUUUCCUCAGGUGUUUGGCUACAGCGUUUCCAGAGUCAGCUGCCUCCUUGGGCUUAAAGCUCGGGAUUUGGAAAGAGCACACUGUUACAGCUCAGUCCUCGGAGGUGAGCAGGGAUUCAGAAGAUCCCAUUUCUCUUACGAAGAAAACCCCCGAGGACGCUGAGAUAGCCCCAGACUCCAAAGAGGAAGAGCGUGUUGGUCGGGAAACACUUGAGUUUUUCACCUAUGAGGAAAGUAACUCUAGGGAAACUGCGGUUUCCUCCAGGGAGAACGAAGAGGGGUGCGGUACUCCACAAGUCACCGCGCCACAUUCUGUUGAGUAUGAAGUUCCAGCAAGUAUCACGUACUUAAUCGAUGGACAGAGAUACGAGGAGCCAGACGAUUCUCUGUAUUUAGAAGAGGGGGACUAUCAGGAGCCUGUUGGGUACCCUGAGGACGCCGAGACUGCUGUGGAGGAAGGGGCUUGUCACGACCUGCAGUGCUUUGUAUAUGAUGGUGAAGAGGAUUCCGAAUAUGAAGAAACCAUGGGGUUCUCUAAUGAGGAAAGUAGUUGCGAGGCUUCAGAAACCCCCAUUUUGUUGGAAGAAGAGGAGGGAAGCACUGAAGAAAGAAAAAGAGUGUUUCAACGUGUCCUGUCCUCUCUGAACAUGGACAGAAGCAGAAAGCUUCUUCCAGACUUUGUGAGGCAGUUUUCCAUAGAUCGAAGAUGCGAGUGGACACCUGAGACUCCAGGAGACUUAGCUUGGAAUUUCCUGGUGAAAGUUCAGGCAUUAGACUCGACAGCCAGAGAUUUCAUCCUUAGGCCCCGCAAGAUGGCGGGCAAAGAGAGCAAGGAGGAAUUGCUGGCUGGAAUGGAAAAUUUAGCCACGGGAGACAUACAAACCAUCAACCCCCUUGACGUCCUUUGUGCCUGCAUGCUUUGCUCAGACAGUACUUUGCAGCAUGAAGUCAUGUCAAACAUGGCGCGAUGCCAGUUUGCUCUUCCCCUGCUACUGCCAGAUGCAGAAAACAAUAAAAGCAUCCUAAUGAUGGGGGCCAUGAAGGACUUAAAGCAGCACCCAAGGCAGGCCUCAGAAGGAGCCCCCAGGGAGGCAGAGAUGUGCCUGAACCUCAGGAAGAUGCCUGUCAUCUCUUUCGUGCGGCUAGGACACUGUAGCUUCUCCAAGUCCAGAAUCCUUAACACCCUGCUCAACUCCUCCCAACAGAAACCAUGCAGAAUUUUUCUCCACCGGGAUCUGUCUACCCCCGUGCUUCCUCGGCAAAUUUCUGAUGGCCUGGUGGAAGUAACAUGGUAUUUUCCUGACAGCACGGAGGCCAAAGAAAGCCCUCCAGUAUUCCAAAAGCCUGUUGCUGUGGCCAACCUUCGUGGAGAUCUAGAAAGCUUUUGGACACAGUUUGGCUUUCUGGUGGAAAUCUCCUCGGCUGUGUUCUUCUUCACUGACUACCUUAGUGAGAAGGAGUGGAACUUACUAAUGUUUUUAGGAGAAGAUGCCAUUGGAAGGUGCUACUUCAUCCUCAGUCCCCAGGCCAAGGAGAGUGAAGAGGCUCAGGUUUUUCAAAGGGUCCUGAAGCUGAAGCCAUCACAGCUACUGUUUUGGGAAGCAGAGGAGGCUGGGGAUACAAGGAAGACCAUGGAGGACCUGCAAGCUGCCCUCCAGGAAGUAAUGUCCUCCUCGCUCAAAUAUCUGUCCCUUGAGGAUAUGGCCUCUCUGGCCAGGGAAUUGGGGAUUCAGGUAGACCAAGACUUUGAAAUCACUCAAGUCGUCCAAGUUUCUCCCAGCACUGUUGAAGGUGAGAACCAACAACCGUGCAGGCAGACAAAAAGCACAUCGGAAAGCCAGUCUCAGAAGCCCACCAGGGAGCCUGGGGCUCAACGGGUAGCCAGCCGGAGUGCUCAGAAUUUUCACCAGACUCCAGCACUCAUGCCUCAUCCAGUACACCCAUGGCCCUUGCCUAUCAAAGCUGGAAGUAACUUUUACCAUGUUUCCUUGAAAGCCCCCUGGGUUAUGAGCUCCCACUUUGGACCACAGCAGAGAGCUAAGGGGUUCUUUCCUUUAUUCCAUCAAAAUACAAUGGGACACAGAAGAGGUAAGUACUUUGGUAUUCAGAACUUCCAACCCUUGAGGUUUUAUUCUGGGGAAGGAUUCAUGAAAUUUCCAGGAACUUCUCAGGGGUAUCACCUGAGUGGAGCAUCUGGGAGAUCAGAAAGACAGACUUUUCAUGUACGGAGCCAUCCUGAGAGCACACAGACAGCGAGAACUCUGCAAAGGUCUGGGAUAGUAGUCUCUCAUGUAGGUCACUCACCAGGAACAAAAGCAGCAGGGAAGUCACAGCCUGGGAAAGCCUGUGCCCAGGGGACGCAGCUGACUGAAGCAACUGGAAAACCUAUGAGGACACCAUCUCAUAUUAAAUAUCCUCACCCUCAGACUUGUCAUCCAGCAGGAGCCAUUCAAGAACGAAUAAUGUCCGGUUCUUAUCAAGGAUCUCAGUGGGUAACACAGGGAAGGCCUUCAGAUCUAGCUUUCCAACCAGGGUCUCAGGCCACGUCUGGGAGUAAACAUCCGUCUCCCUCCCAGUUCAACUCCCAUCAACCCAAAUUCCAGAGCAAACACGUCCAGCCUAAGCCCUCUCAACCUGUACCUUCUCAGAAAAAAACACCUCACUCCCAGGCCUCCCAAGCUAAACCCUCCCAAGCUAAACCCUCUCCAUCUAAAUCUACUCAGUUCAACCCACAUAGGCCCCAGCAGUCCCAAUCUAAGCCUUCUCAACCUAGAUCUACUCAACUCAGACCGUCCCAGACCAGGCCUUCUCAGGCCAAGGCCUACCACGCAAGAGCAGGGAAACGUUAGAGAACACA